UUUUUCAGUUUAAAAUCGUAUGUCGGUUAUUUCAGUGUUCUGCUUCUGUUUCUGUUUAUGUUUGUUUCUUGCUGAGAUGGUAAAAAUGACGAAUACGCAGGUUGUGCUCGAAUUUUAUGCCUAAUUUUGCUAGUGUUUAUUCUACAUUAGGGAUCAGUGAUAAUAUAAUGUUCUAAAAUGAGUGACAAUAUAAAAGUGGUUGUCAAAGUUAGACCUCUAAUUUUACGUGAAAUUGAAAGCAAACUUUCGUACCGGUGGCGUGUGAAGAAUAACACGCUAUACCAGCUCGAUCAAAAUGGAAAGGACUUCGGCCAAUACUACACAUUCGACCGAGUGUAUGACCAGGAUACGAAGACUUCGGACGUGUACGAUGAGAUCGCGAAGCCUAUCGUGCAAGCCGCGACGGCUGGCUUCAACGGCACUAUAUUUGCCUAUGGCCAGACGUCUUCAGGGAAAACAUUCACAAUGACAGGCACGGACGACUCGCCUGGUAUCAUUCCGCUUGCCGUUGUUAACUUAUUUGAGAUCAUCAGAAGCGUGCCUGAUCGGGACUUCUUAGUUAGAGUGUCUUACAUAGAAAUCUAUAAUGAAACUGUGAGAGAUUUGCUGAAUAUUGAGAAAGAGAACAUAAAGAUCCAUGACACUAUUGAAGGUAUUAUCAAAGUGGAUGUCACGGAAAAGGUGACGUCCACUCCUGAAGAAAUAAUGGAAGUGAUGAGAGAGGGUGAAGCAAAUCGACAAAAAGGAGCUACGAAAAUGAAUGAAGAAAGUAGCCGAUCACAUUCCAUAUUUCAAAUAAUCAUCGAAUCUCGGAAGCACAUCGAAGGUGAGGAAGAGCCCGGCUGCGUGAACGUGUCGCAGCUGAACCUAGUGGACCUCGCCGGCUCGGAGCGCAGCGGGCAGACGGGCGCCACCGGACAGCGACUCAAGGAGGGCAUGCAUAUCAACAAAUCACUCUCGUCCCUCGCUCUAGUCAUCAAACAACUGUCCGAAGGCACUAAGUUCACAAACUUCCGUGACAGCAGGCUGACGCGUAUCCUCCAGAACUCAUUAGGGGGUAACGCGAAGACCAGCAUUAUAUGCGCCGUCACACCCGCGGCGGUCGAAGAAACUCUUUCUACGUUACAGUUCGCGAAUCGAGCUAAAGCUAUAAAGAAUAACCCGGAGGUGAAUGCAGUGGUCACUGCCGACAAUACAAUGAUCCAGCGACUUACAAAGCAGAUGUAUAAACUGCAGGCCCAGUUGGAGAGCAAGAAGAAUUUAGAGGAGGACAAUCACAAGUUACAAAGCAAGAUAACAAACUUGCAGAAACUCAUAUUGAAUGGGUUCGCUAAUCGACGGAGUACGGAUAUGAUGAGUGGUUCCCGUCGGAAACUGCAACAACCGAGACGGAUAACUAUAUCCACGUACUCUAUACCUGAUGAUGAACCAGUCAGCAAUAUACCCAAGUUCUGUACGCCCAGUUUGAAGUAUAACCCCAGUUUGAUCCCGAAGCCGUCAGAGUUCCUACCACUGCAGAAUGACAAGUUGGCCCCGGUCCCCGAAGAGCCGGCCCGUCUCAUCACUCCGCCUCCCAGCAAAAGUGUUUUCUUCUCCGACGAGGUCAUUGAACUUGACAGCGAUGACGACUCGACGCGGGGAGACGUCCAAACCUGUUCACCAAUUCACAAAUGCUAUGCUGCAACUAAAACACCUCCUUGUAUACUUAGGAGGAAUGCUAAAGAGGCUGAAAAGAACCUGAAGGGUAUUAUAGAACUAACUGAAAGAGAAAAGCUGUUUUCGCCAAAUGUGGUUGAAUAUAUAGAAAAAUUAGAGCAUAACGCAACUGUGAUAGCGAAAUUGCGAGACCAAAUUGAUAUACUCAGCAAACAGAGCGUAGCAAAAGACUCGGAAAUGGACAAUUUGAAAAGCCAAAUCAAGAAGACUGAGGAAGAUAUCAAGAUGUUGACCUCUGCUAAGAACGACUUGUCGUCUCAGUGUGAAUACUACAACACGCGACUGACAGACGCCGAAGUAAGUUACGAGACUCUAAGAAACAAGGCGAAACUGAGAGAAGAAGAACUUCUCUCGCUGUUGGAGGAAAUGACGGCCAAGAAUAAGAAACCUGAUGAUAUUGGUAAAGUAUUAUCCCGCACUUUGGACAAAGAGAUGCACUUUAUGGACAUCUCGAAAGACAUUUCUCUGGUCAACAGCGACAGCGAUAGCAUUAUUAACGCGAAUGAUGAUGAACAGGACCAAAUGAACGAAUUAGUAACCGACACACAUACACAACUAAAUACUAAGAACAAGAACAUCAUCGAACUAGAAGCCAAUAUCUUUGCCUACCAACAAAAAAUAUCCGCCUUAGAAAACCUUAACAAAAAUCUUCAUGAUGAAAUCCAAGUGUUCAAAGAAAAACUCACUCAUAUGGACAAUGAGAAUUCCGUACUCAGAGCUACAAUUGAUACGUUAAAUUCAACUAUAAAGGGGAAGGAAGAAAAUUUACAAACCGCUAACAACGAUAUAGAAUCUUAUAACGCUCUCAUACAAGAACUACAAAUUAAAGUCUCUCAAAAGGAACUUAAAGAGACUCUACCGACUGUUGAAAUUAAUGACAGUAUGCUAGAAACUAUGAUUGCCAAUGAGGAACAGUUUAUUACCAACAACGACAACAUGAGACGUAUUAUUCAUUCCCUUAAAAUCGCCCUCGAAACACGUAACAAAGAAAUAGAUAAAUUAAGAUCCACUAUUGAAACAAAUGGAGACGUAGCAAUAAACAAUUUAUCCCUUACCAAAGACAUAGAAUCUAAAACAAAAGAAAUUGAAGCUCUAAACAAGCAAAUAAAUGAAAAUAUAACCAGUAUUCACAAAUUGAGACAAGAAAAUAAUAUUCUCAAAGUUGUCGAACAUGAACAUUCGGAAAAAAUUACUGUCUUUGAACAUAAAACGAACGAACUGGAACGGGUUAACAGAGAAACUGCGAUUACGAUGCAAAGACUACAAGAAGAGAAUUACAAACUCACUCAGUCUAUAGCGAAUAAUAACGUUACGGAAAAGGAGCUCUCUGAGAGAAACAACCAAUUGUUGAAACAGAUCGAAGAUAUGAAAAACCAGAUUGCUGAAUUAGAAUCUGAUAUAAGUGAGAAAGACCGUAUGAUAUCUUUCCUAAAAAAUGAAGAUGAAACAUCUAGGGAUAACUUGCUGAGUGCCAAAGCUGCUGUAAUUAAAUUACAAGGGAUACUGGGAACACUAUCCGGCAACUUCGAGGAGAUGCCAGACAUAAUUGGCAACUUCAUUAAUGUUUUUAGUGUUCUAACCAAAAGCAUGAACACUUUAGAAACUCUUGCCAAUGAUGUUGUCAAAGAAAAAACAGAAGCUAUAAAUCAUAAUGCCGACUUAAAAGUUGCACUCAAAGCAUUGACCUCCAAAUAUGAUUCUGAAGUAUCGGCACUUCAAGAACAAAUACAAGACCUCAAACAAAAAGAUAACAACGAAAGUCAAGAAAAAAUUAAACUAUCGGAAAAAAUCAGCGAACUAUAUUACGAACUUGAGAAAACUCAAAAAGAAUUACUUCACAAAAUGGCGGAAACUGAAAGUCUAAAAAUUAAUCUUAGUCAAAAUGAAGAAACUUUAAAAGCAUGUAAGAAACAAAUUGCUGAUUUGAAUGCAGAAAAAGAGAAGUUGGACCACGCUUUAGCUGAAAGGGAGACGGUCACAGACGACCUUAUUGCGCAGUUGGAAAAACAAGAAUCGCUCCUACAAGACAAGAUUUCAGAAAUGAUCGUUAUUGAGGAACAAAUUAAAAAUUCACGGCAAGAACGAGACGAGUUAAUGAGAAGCGUGUUUAAAAGAAUAUCAGAAUUUGCAAUCAGUUUUAAUAUCCAAAACGAUUUCUGCGGCGAUGUAGAUAAUGACUGCAAAGUUAUUUACCAUCGCAUUCUAGCCACUUUAGACAACAUAGGAAAUCACAUCACAUUUAUCAAAAUGAAAAAUGUUGAUGUUGAAAAUAAACAAAUUAACGAAUUACUGUUAGAGGCGAAGAAGGAAAUUGUAGAGCUAACACAAAAUAAACUUGAUCUCAUUGAACAGCUUACUAAAGCUCAAAGGGAGCAUGACGAAAUGUGCCUUGAGCUGAAAUCAAUUCAAGAUAACAAUAAACAACUGAACAAAGAUUUGUCAAUAAGCAAAAAUAUCCUCCAAAGUCUGCAGUCAGAGCUUGAGUCAAAAUCUGAGGAAUUAACGACGAUGGAGACUAAAGUAAAAAUGUGGAAAGAACAAUUUGAAAGUCUUGAUUCUAUAAUGAAACAACAGAUGGACGAAUUGAUAGUAGAAAAUGACAAUCUCAAAGAUCGCCUUACUGGUAAUGGACGUAAGUCUCAAUCGAAUUCAGUGGUAACAUACGAACACAAAGAUUCCUAUGGUAUUGACGGAAAGAAAAUCGUGCAUAGUGAUGUAUCGUCACCUCUGAGCUUGCGUACUUUAUGCUUUAACGCAAUCGUGCCCUCACUAGUCGUAGAAACCGAGUCUAAAACUAGUGCUACUGUAUCGGAUAUUACUAACCAAACCUACACAGUAAGCAAUCCAUGCAAGUGUAAACAACUUACUUCGGAACUCGAAGCCGUUAAAGAAGAAAACACCAAAGCCUUGGACCUUCUAGAGGAACUGGAAACCGUGAACAAACAUCUCAUUCAGGAACAAGAAGCAGUGCGCCGCGAAGUUGAGCUGCUGGUUGCACCCGCACAAGAAUUGCAAAAACAAAUACAUAAUCAUAAAACAAAUAUAGCGAUCUUAACGGCUACAACAUAUGCUGAGAAUAGAUCUUUAGAAUCUCAAGUGAAGGCUUUACAACACCACCACAGUCGCUUCCACAAUGUGUGCCAAAGGGAUAUACCUGAACUCAGCAGGCAACUGCGCAAACUACUAACUUUGUUGAAAGGAGAUCCCUCUAUUGCUGACCAACAAAACGCGAGCUUCAAGAGAUAUUCUCUUCCAGAUGUAUUAGACAGUAGUACUGCUCUCUCAAACUUUAAAAACGAAUCUACUUUAGACGGAGAUCUUUUGAUGCUAGACACUAACAUAACAAUGACAACUGUAGAUAAUACAUUGGCCGGUCAUGAUCAGACCUGUUUAGAUCUAAAUCAGUUCUACAAAGAAGUGUCACCUCAACCGAACGAAACAAAUAAAACAAUGGAACAAAGCUUGCAUGCUGUUCAUGAUGAUCAAGUCAUAAUGGAGAGCUACAGUAUGUUGCAAGAAGAAAAUGAAAGGCUCCGGGAAUUAAUUAAGAAGUACAACGCAAGUAAAGAAUCAAUGAGUGACGCGCAAACUAGUCCUUCUAAAUCUAUUAUCAAUGAUGACGUUAGUGUUCUUUAUAUGUGCGAACACUGUAAGAAAUCAAACGACUUGCAACCUUCGCAGGAAUCACUAAGCGACGAACUAAAAUCACUGGCUAACGAAUUAUCGGACGUUAAAAAUCAAAAGAUCGAAAUCGAGCAAAAAUAUAAUAAUCUAAUACUGGAAAUACCCUCUACCGAUGUUCUAAUCAAGAAGUUGAAUGCCUUAGAAAAAGACUUUAAUAUGAAAAGUAUUGAAUUCAAUAAACUUAGUAAAUCACUUAGUAUGAAAACUGAACAACUUAAAAAUUUGCAAGAAGAACACGAUUCAUUAUCAACACAAGUAAUGGAAACUAUUUCCGAAGCAGAAAACUUAGAAAAGGAAUUACAGAGUACUAAAAAAGUAAACUUAGAACUGUUGGAAAAGUGUAGCAUGUUAGAACAAUCAUUAAAAGAACUCCGUAGUAAUCAAUCCUCUGUGUCUUCCACUUGUUCAGAGUGCUUAACUAAAGAUGACCUGAUAAAAGCCAUGGAAAUGCAGAUAGCAAAUACUCAUGCCAAACUAAACAGAAGUCUGAGUGACUCUGACACUUCAUCCAGGUACAACAAGAUAUGCACUCUGCAAAGCGAAUUACAUGCUGGUAGAGAAGAUUGCAAAGAGAUUAGCGAAGAUGUAGCCACCAUCAAAAAUCAUUUAGAUCGCAGCAAUAUCGCAAUGGAUUUCGAUGACAGUAUGGGAGACUCCAAUGCAUAUCUGUUGUCAAGUAAAGACUUUCUCAUGAGUAGUCCUCAGUCGACGAAAUGUAGCAUGCCAGAUAUUCCGGAGGAACGACUAUCUGACAUCUAUGUAAUGGAGAAAAUGGACUGUUUAAAUUACUACGCCGAAAAGACUGGGAUUAGCAAAGAUAAUGUCAAUGAAAAUAUCAAAAUUAUCGAUCUUAUGAAAACAUUUUAUGAACACUUGAUUACUAAACAUACAAACGAAGUGGAGAACUUAACAAAUAAAUUGAAAGAUUACGAUGAAACAACAGGUCAGUUGGAAAUUAAAAUUGCAAACUUAAAGGAGAAACAUUCACAAUUGCUCACAGAAUUUGAACAUAAAGAUCAAAAUUACAACACUUUUGUUACAGCCCUUGCGAGAAUAAAAACUAACAUUGAAUUCAUACACCAAGAAGUUAUUGGUGUUACUGAUGUUGAUACUACAAAAUUGGUGACCAUGUACAAAGAUUUCUUUAAAGUAUUAGACAACGAAUUAGGAUUAUCCAGUACCAAAAUGAUGGGAUCACUUAUUGAUAACAUAGUUGAUAAGCAACAAGGUGAAUUGAAUGAAAUGACGGAACGCUACACACUAUUACAGGUAAAGAUGGAGAGUCUAACUGAGGAAUUGAGUUCAGUGAACGCCCACUUCAAUCAGGCCAAGGAUCAGUUGUCUGCGCAACUACUUGAAUACAAUUCACUCAAAGCUAAAUACGAAAGAAUCCAAGAAAUCUCCAAUGCAGUCACGCUAGAUUUAAUCGCUAGAGAGAAAGAUUUGAACAAAACAAUUAGUAAUUGUUAUGAAAAACUUUCAGAACUGAACAUAGUUAACGCCACUGACUUUAAUUGGCAAGCGCCACCAAGUGAGAAUAUUAACGUGAUAUUUGAUUAUGUUAUAAACCAGUAUAAGAAUGUGGUCAACUCUGGCAACGAAAACGAAAAUCUUACUCUAGAAUUAAACAAAUUGAAACAAGUUUUGGAAGAGAAAGAGAAAGAAUUAGAAGUUGUUAAAACCCGUAAUCAAUGUAUGCAAGAAAUCAAUACCGGCGUUACCAUGGAUUUGGUGGAAAAGGAGAAGCAAUUGCAAGCGCUGACUACAUUGCAUGGAGAAAAUGAAGUACAUGUUGAUGACAUCAGUAAAAUGUCAGAGGAAAUUAAACAACUAAAGCACACCAUCGCUAUGAAAGAACAGAUUAUUGAGAAACUUGAAAUGGAAAUAGAUAUAGAAAGAGAGAACGGUAGCAAAGAAACUAUUCAACUGAUAGAAUCAGUGAAAGGAUUACAAAAUGAUCUGAAUCACUUGAAAUCGUUGAACGAAGUUAUUGGUAAAGAGAAAGAUUCCUACGCUAUGGAGCUAUUGAAGUCUGGUGAGACGUUGAAACAGAAUAAUAUUGAAAUGGAGAAGAUGACUUCAGAUAUUCUAGUGCUCAGAGAGUCGGUUAGAGAAAAUGGUAUUAUAAUAGAGAAUAUGAAUCUAGAAGUUAAGAAGUUGUUGAAAGAAAAUAUGGAUUUGAAAGCGCAACUCGAAGAGAAGUGCAGAGAAUGCUUUAGACUUGAGACUAAUAUUAAAACGCACGAAAAGACGGCAGAGAUACAAACCAGAAUGAUUAUGAGGCUAGAAAAGCAAAAGAAUGAGGAUGACGUCACUAUCAGCGAGAAGAAGACGCAAGCAGAGGAAAUGAGACAGAAGUAUGCCGCGCUACAGAAACAGUGUGAAACCUUGCGAGAUGAGGUCAACGAUGAAAUUGAACACUUGAAGAAGAAUAAGGAAACUUUAGAGGCUCGCGUGAUGGAACUGGAAGCGCUGCUAGAAGUGAAGUCCCGGCCGUCUUUGGACGCUCUCACAGACUCUUCGAGGCGCCGACGACAGAGCCUACACGACUCCAAGCGGCUAUUCGACGAAAAUAAACACGAAUUUGGAGAUCACAAUGUUGAAACCAUAUUUGAAUCUCGUGCUAAGCCAGAUGACUUGUUCCCUGAUAUCGACGAUGAGAUGUCGAAUAGAAGCAGUCCUAUUGUUAUGAGAAAUAGUAAAGGCCGUGAUAGCAGCUCCUUCACUCGAACUGAUCAGGAGGAGGAGCCCGGUUCGCGGCCCAGUAGCGUAGUGGCGACGCGGCGCCGGCGACAGAGCACGCACGACCUACACCGCACCGUACUGCGACACACGCCUUCACCUCACGGUAUGGAUAUCUCGAAUCGAUUAAUUGAUGAACUCAACCAUUCGAAACCGUCUGACGCUUCUGGGGAUAUUGUAAGUGAGGCAGCUCAGCUAAGAGAACGCCUGGUCUCCUGCCAACAAGAGUUGGAGGAAUUGAAGGAGAAGUACAGAGAAUUGGACGAGGAAUGUGAGACCUGCGCACAGUAUCUACGGGAGAGGGACCAACAGUGCGCUAGGCUUAAGAAGGAGAAAGCAACUUUACAGACAACGGUGUCGGAACUCAAAGAAAAGCUGCAGUCGUGCAAUCCUAAUCAGAGUCAACAGAUCGCUUCGAAAACGACUUUCGCCCAUGUUGGUGUUAACACUGAUGAAGAUUGGACAAACCUGCAUUCAGUAGUCGUGGAUCGCAUGUCAUUCGACGCGGAAGUGGAGAAAAACAAGAAACUAACGAAAACCAUUGAAGAGUUACGUUUCAAGAAACAAGACCUAAAGAACACUAUCGCUAAAAUGCAGAAGGCUUUGGAAAAGAAUGGCAACAGGGAACUAGAGUCAACCAGGCAUGAGCUUCAAGCAUGUAAACAAGAGCUGAUGCAGCUGCGACAGAAGUACAAAGAGCUGGAUGAUGAGUGCGAGACCUGCGCGCAGUAUCUCAGGGAGAAGGAGGAACAGUGCCGCAGGUUGAAGGAGGCUAAGAAUACUCUAGAGGCAAAACUACAAGAAUUCCAAGGUGAUUUCAACGCAAUGGCGCAUUCGACGCGUAAGAAGCGACAAAGUCUUCACGACCAGAACCGAACGUCCACUGUAGAGUUCAAGGAUGCUUCCACGGAGACUUGUGAUGAUUUAUUAAGUUACCAAGUGGAGCGCGAUGGAAGUGGGCGUCAUUUGUCGGAAAAUGUGCAAACGAAGGAAAUAAAGCGAUUGAAAUCGGUCCUAGAGAAGCUCUCUCAGCAGAAAGCAGUAUUAGAGCAGCAGUUGGUGACCGUGUCGGGGCUGCAACACGUCGCGCACCCCGCCAUGUAUGUCGCCACCGGCAGUGCCAUCGUACAGAACCAACAACUAACAGAUGUGAUAAAAGAGAACCAAAAACUAAAGAAAAUCAAUGCUAAACUGGUGAACAUUUGCAAGAAGAGGGGCAAGGACUCCAAUAGAGAAAAUGAGGACCCAGCCGACCAGGGCUGAAACAACAUUAGUGUGUGUUCAUAGUUAUAUGACCAGUGCAAGUGACGGGUAAUGACAGUAAUCGCGAUAAGCUGGACUUAAUUGCGUAGUGUAAUACUCUCGUGGUAGUUAAAUGUGUGAAAAUUAAUGUUUAUUGAUCUGUGUUAUAUUAUAUACGUGUUAAUAACCGACUUAACCUGAUUUUUAUAUCUGUAUUUACGUAGAAAUGAAGAUUGAAGAUGCGACUGAAUGAUUACUAUCCGCCCUUCGAAAGAGUAUUUUAUAUUUGCGACAUAGUCGCACUGCAUGCACGCGUGGCGAUGCGGGUAAAUAAAUUCUUCAUUAACACUAAAAAAAUAUAUUAAAAAUCACUCCAAACUUAGACUGAAUGUAUCUACAACAUUCCAAAAGCAUUUCUUAAUAGAACCAAAUUUAUUAAUCUAAUUUGUUUAAAUAAAGUUUAAAGAUUCAGUCCAUAGUACUAAUUAAUUAAUUGUUGUGAAAAUACGUGUGAUUAAAUUAUAGUAUCAACGUUAAAUGUGAUUGAAUGUAUGUCUGACCUAAAAGCUAAUGUUGUGAGCAUCGGUGCCAUUUUAGAACAAAUAGAGAAAUUAAUUCUCGUAAUAUUGAAUUAUGUACAAUCUAUAGUAAUUAUAUUAUUGAUCGUAAAGAGCUUUUAACCCCAAUUUGAGCCUUAUUGUGGGGAGCGUAAGUGUAUUUAUAAUGUAUGAGCGAAAGCUAAAUUUAUAUAAUAAAACAUGUUACAUCAACAUAGUCAAUACAUAAUAAACUUCUCGAGUUAAUAAAAUAUUUGUAUUAUUAGUGUACUUAAAUGUAUGUGUGUCAAAAGUAUUUAUAUUAUAGUGGUAUUAGUUUGAAAAUGCAAAUAAAAUUAUAUUUAACUACUUACUUUCCUUAUGUAAAUAUUUCUUUCAGUUUAUACAUAAUGAGGGGUACUUAUGGAUACCUUCCAUUCUAAUAGGUCGCAAAAUAUCUGCUCUAUAAACUAAAGUCUGGCACCAAACCGCAAUAUCUAUGUACAUAAUUAUAUCUUCGCUUUUGAAAAGUAUACUCAAAAAGUCUGCCUCACACAUUCGCACAAACUGUUUUUAAUUAUAAGAAAUAUGAUUCGUUCGUCUAUUAAUAAAAUUGCAUUUGUCUAUAAUGUGCACAAUUACAAUUACUCAGAGAAUAUUUUUAUUGAAAUAGUAAUAUUGAAUUUAUUUUCAAUUUACAUUGCUUGGGAAUUGAAAUGAAACUGGUUACUUCAUUUAAAAUCUUCGAGCAAUCAUAAUUUACGUCCAGUAAUUACAAAAUAAUAGUAAUUCCUAAAGUUUCUGGUUUCUCAAAAAGUUCUUCCUCAGUGAUGUAAAUUGAACACAUUUCAUUCAAUGUUAAUCUGCUGAUGUGAAUGAUACUAUUACAAAAUAAAUGUUUGAUUUAUUA